GCGGGGGAAGCGCGGCGCCGCCAUAUUGUUGGGAGUCGGAGCGUUUCCAGCGCCGAGUCCGGCGGCUCGGACUUAAAGGGAAGAGAGAAGGUUCACACACACACACAUAUACAUAUCCAAAACCAAAAAAAAACAAAACAAAAAGAGAGAGAGAGAGAGAGGAGAAGGAAGGAAACAAACAAACCAACAAGAGAGGAAAAAAAAUUAAUUUACAAAAAAAAAAGCCCCACACACACACACACACACACACAGACACAGACACACACCCCCGAAAGCAAACAAUUCCUCCCAGAGAGAGAAAAAACAAGUCCCCGCUGCCAGGAUUCAGGCCAGACCAGUGGCCUCUAUCAGCUAUCAGUCUUGCAGCGUAAAAGGAUACUCUAGGGGUACGAUUCUACAGACAGCAUUAUUUCUGAGAAUUUGUUUGAAAAAUAUAUCCAUGUUAGACAUUGAAAUUUGACUUGUCAUCCAGUUUCAGCUUUCGACAUCACAGCCAUCAGUGACCAGGCUUUGGGGCUUAGUGAGAACAUUUUUCAUUGGCUUUGGAAAUGGAGCGAAGGUGGCAACUCUGAUUUGAAAGUCCAGCCACAACGUAAUACUUUUUUUUUUAAUGACUCACAAGCGUACUCCAUUUUUGGACGAAUUCUUGAGGAGUGAAUUAAAAGAGAGACCCUUCCCGCUCCGCUGAUUGUCAGAACCGAAGAUAAUUACCUGCCCCUAGCUGCUGAACCACUUAACAUCUGCUUCUGAGCUCACCUCUGGCCUCCUAUUAGACAUGGCAGGACCUGUGCCAAGCAGGGCCAGAGUUUACACUGAUGUAAACACACACAAACCAAGGGAAUACUGGGAUUACGAAUCUCAUGUGGUGGAAUGGGGAAAUCAGGAUGACUACCAAUUAGUACGUAAAUUAGGUCGAGGGAAAUACAGUGAAGUGUUUGAAGCCAUUAACAUCACAAACAAUGAAAAAGUAGUUGUUAAAAUACUUAAGCCCGUAAAGAAGAAGAAAAUAAAACGUGAAAUUAAAAUAUUGGAGAAUCUGCGUGGUGGUCCAAAUAUUAUCACACUCAUAGAUAUUGUCAAAGAUCCUGUGUCACGGACACCUGCCUUGGUUUUUGAACAUGUAAACAACACAGAUUUCAAGCAGCUGUACCAGACCUUAACAGAUUACGAUAUACGAUUCUACAUGUAUGAGAUUUUGAAGGCUCUGGAUUAUUGCCAUAGUAUGGGAAUCAUGCACAGAGAUGUGAAACCGCACAACGUUAUGAUUGACCAUGAGCACAGAAAGUUGCGGCUGAUAGAUUGGGGCCUGGCAGAGUUCUACCAUCCUGGGCAGGAAUAUAAUGUCCGAGUGGCUUCCAGGUACUUCAAGGGACCCGAACUACUUGUAGAUUAUCAGAUGUACGAUUAUAGUCUAGACAUGUGGAGUUUAGGAUGCAUGCUGGCCAGCAUGAUCUUCAGAAAAGAACCUUUCUUCCAUGGUCAUGACAAUUAUGACCAGCUGGUCCGAAUAGCCAAAGUGCUAGGCACAGAAGAUUUGUACGACUACAUUGACAAGUACAACAUUGAGCUGGACCCUCGGUUUAAUGACAUCCUGGGCAGACAUUCCCGUAAAAGAUGGGAACGCUUUGUCCACAGCGAGAAUCAGCACCUGGUUAGUUCAGAAGCACUGGAUUUCUUGGAUAAGCUUCUACGAUAUGAUCAUCAAACACGUCUAACAGCACGAGAAGCUAUGGAGCAUCCUUAUUUUUACCCAAUUGUGAAAGACCAGUCCCGAAUGGGCUCUUGUGCUAACAUGCCAACUGGUAGCACUCCAAUCAGCUCGGCCAGUAUGAUGUCAGGGAUAUCUGCAAUGCCAACCUCAUCACCACUGGGACCCCUUGCUGGCUCACCAGUCAUCUCUGCUACCAACACUCUUGGGACGCCGGUUCCAGCCACUGCCGGGGCCCAGCCUUGACAUCGCCCUCCUGACCACUUGUAACCCUGGCAACAGCCUGGUCAACCCCUCCUCCCCUCCACCUCACUCCUCCUUGGAAGCACGGGGAACCAGCUGGGCAUGUCAUGUCUGAGCAGUUGCUUAUGGAUUCUCUUCAGUUCAAUCAUUCUGAAAAGGAUAAAAAGGCUGAUUUUUACUUGAGAUUUUUUUUUUUUUUGUGUUUUGUAUGUCACCAGACUUAGAGACAGUAUACCUCUCUUAGUCCUAACUAGGCCAUAUGUAAUGCCUCUCUGUCAGAAAUUGUUGCCUACACACUGUUCUCAUGCACUUGUUCAGUGUUACCACAUUUUUCCCCUGGGUUUUGAGUGGAGUUUGAGCAGAUGAUGUCAAUAUUGCAAGAAUUGUCUGCUGUAAUAAUUUAGUGGUUCGGAAAUAAUUUACUUUGGAACCUUCAAAUGAUUUUUUUUCAUUAAAGUCUUAUUCCCAUACAAUUAGAGGAAAGGGAGUAAGUGUGAGUUGCAUUUUUAUUAUCCAAAAACCAAAUAGCCUGUGGGCUUGUGCUAAAAGGGAUACUGUCUCUGACAUGAAACCUGUUAGGAAUAUGAAAUACUGGAAGCACGGCAUUAAAUUUGUAUUGUGCUUUUUAAAGUACUCUGUUAAAACUGUUGUUAAUUAAGAGUAUGUUUAAAAGCUAAUCUGUUCCUCUGACCUUAAAAAAAAAUUAUUUACUUGGAAAAUCCAAGCAAGUCAUGACAUUUUUUCUCCUCCUGUUUUUGGCCUGAGCACACCACACCAUAUCAUGCAACUGUUAUCGGAGUUCGAACUAUGGUGGAUUUAUUUUCAAACUCUUGGACUGAAGGUUUUUAAUCGUUUUGAGAAAGUUGGAACGAGAAAAAGCAGCACUGUUACCAUUAGCGCCAUGUAGUUUAUAUGCUCAUUUCUCGGUGUCUACUGUAUCUUUCAGUUGCCUUUUAUUUAAAGCAGUUAAGCAGGGCUUGGGUUGGGGCGGGGGGGGGGGGAUGAGUUAGGAAAUGGGGCUGUUUUUCAUGGAGUGUGGGAAGGGAAUUUAUUUUUGUUUUAAAGAAAAACAUUUGGAAACAAAACUGCUGUUUAGUGAGAAGGCAGUUGAGUUAAUACUGUGUUGGACUACAUUUUAUUAAACAGCCCCUGGUUAUA